AUGAAAUCCAAAAGAAAGCCGUUUCCGUUGCUCAGAGGGAGCUCCUAUGAUAGUGGUGAGAAAUAUUAUCAAGAAAAUGAGAAAAAUGAGAUAUUUUUACAGAUGAUCCAUUCACGGAGGUGCAACUGAGCCGCGUUCUCAAAGAAUUGUCGUUUUUGCGUCUUCAAAUCGACAAUAUCGUCACACAUGUCCCGAAUUCGAUGAUUGAACGUUUGGAGAACCGUGGACAGCUCUUGGGGUGAAAAUGAUAAUAUUGAUAAUAUUAUUUUCAUUGAAAAGUAUUUCUGGGAAAAGCUGAAGGGGGUCCUAAAGGGGUUCGAGAUUUAAUGGAUCCUAUAGAAGGGGGUCCUUUAGUAUACCUCUGUAGGGAGUUUUUUUUAUCCCUAUAGGACCACUUCAGCUUUUCCCAGGUAUAGGAGACAAAAAAAAGAGACCCUUCUAUGGGUUUAAGCCCCUAAAGCUCCAGCAGUACCUAUAGGAAGAAGUAAGGUGCUCCCUAGAGCGGAACCUUCAAGGAUUCCUAAGAUUGUCCCUAUAGAGACCACUUUGUAUUUUCCAGAAAUAUUUUCAAUUCGAAACCAUAAUUAAUACAGAUAUAGAUAUUUUAGCUUUUUCAACUCUAUUUGGGUCAUUCGGUUGAGAUUUUCUUCUUGAAAUGGAUUAUUUUGUUCCGGUUUCAAAAAAUGUUUCCAUUUUAGUUUUGUUAGUUUUUGAGAUUAUCGGGUUAAUACAAUAAAAAAAAGGGUCUGUAUGAUUUCCGGAAACUGGUUUACAAGCUUUCUGGAUGAUUUUACCGAAAAAUUAAAUAAUUUUGUCUUGUCAAAUUACCAUUCCUAGAUUCUUCCUCGAAUACGCCUUCCCAUGUCUUGAAACUGUAUCGAAAUCGCUGAAAGCCACGGUCCGACUGCCUCACAAGGCAUCUACAUCCAACAACAUUGAAUUCCGACACAAGGUUGGUUUUUGACUAGAACAAAUUAUCGAUUAUUUCUAGAGGAUAGUACUGCUCUCAAUGCACGAGGACAUCAUUCCGUUUUGGGAAAAAUCGAAACUCGUCGUUCAUCUUCUGAUUCAAUUGGAAGUUGCUGGGAAGAUAACGGUGGGAUUUUAAAAAAAAGAGUAAAUUUGGGGUAAGAAAGCGGGAAAAUUUUGAGUGACCACUUUAGGGUUUUGGCGUCUUUAGUUGUCCCUGUAGUAGUCGAAUUGGUGGGAAGAUAACGGUAGGAUUAAAAAAAAAGGUGUAUUUAAAAACUGCGAAAGUUUCAAGUGACCACAUAGGGUUUUGGCGUCUUUAUUUGUUCCUGUAGUAGUCGAAUUAGUGGUCAUUCAAGUGUUUUAGGGACCACCUUACUGGCAUUUCCAAGUAGUCCUUGAGGAGGAACCUCUUAAGUGGCCCCUGAAGUUUUUUCCAGUUCUAUGAACAGCUCCUCAGUUCCACCCCCCCGCCCCCCGUUCCUAGAGGGGCCAUUCAAGCUUUAGGGGCAUGUUAGGGUUAGACCUUGAAUUCUUUUAGAGACAACCUAAAUUUGAGCUCACUAGAGUCUCCUUUUUGGUCGAAUAUAGUGACUUUUUUCCUUAACCCCUCUAGGGAUCACUCAGGCGUCUCUAAGAUUCUUAUGUAUCGAAAGUUGAAAUAUCUGCCUAUUUUUGACAUCUUGAAAUAUUUUAUUAAUUAAAAAAGAAUUCAUGAUUUUUUUUUGUUUCCGUAUGGAUCCUCCUGCAUUUACCUGUACAUACUUGUACCUUUUUUCCAGACCCGCCCACUUGCCAAAUGCAAUAUUCCACUCAGAGAGCUUUUAGUGCCACCCUUCAUAAUUUGUCGUGAUUUCGCCGUUAUUGGCCAGGAUUUUGAAGGAACCGCUCUGGUUUGUACGAAAAUUAAAGCGAAAUAACGAGUAGAUCCUUAAGAUCCGUAUCGAUCUGGGCUCAAGGGUCAAAACUUUGAUGGAAAAGCUGGAAUCCAUGAGAAGCCCAGCUCUCGACACGACUUUUGUCGUUCAGCAGAGGUAUUUUUGAAAGGUUCUGAAGAGAAAGGGGGGUUUUUCUCAGAGGACCCACGAAAACCCGGUCGAGAAGCUCGUCCAGAUGUCGAGCCCACAGUGCCAGGUCUGAAGGAAAUCGGUCUCCGUCACCGAUUUCCAGAGGAAUGUCCAGAAGGCCUUCCCCGCCGUUGGCUCGGCCUCGAAGUUAGUUUGAAAAGAAGUUUUAAGAGUUCAGAGAGAAAAAAAAAUACAGAAAUCAGCUGAUUUUUAUAGAAAAAGGUAUAGAAUCGAGUUCAGUUUAGGUUUUUUUACUAAAAAAAAAUUGUUUCUUAAAAAGUUUGAAAGUUUUGAGUGUUUCGACAAUAAUGAAGCUUUGUAGAGGUGAAAAUAAGAAGGGUUUUGAAAAAAAUGUAACUUGAUUGAUAUAAAACAUUUUUUUAGGAUUGAUAUAUUCGUGUUAGUGAACCGGAACUGUUGAAGAAAACUCCGGAAAUUUUAAAAAUUCUGGCGAAAUCCUGGAAAAAAAAACGAAAAUACAUUUUAUUCUAACUGCACGUGUAUGUUUACUGGUCAGAUUUUAAUGAAAGACUGAAUUUUUUCUUAGUUUAAAAAAUUUUCAAUUGUAGAAGCGUACGGCCAAGCGUUGCAAAAAAAUGGAGAAUUUUUUUGAGAAAAUAUGAGUCAAGAAAAAAGUAAGAUUUAGUAGGAUUUACAAUCUCGGUUUAGAAAAAUCGAGCCAGUUUUUUUUUAAAAGAAAUUUCGGGUUUUUCGACUUUUACUGUGUAAUUCUACAACCGAAAAACUGUGAUAAACUGUCGAAUUUUCGAAAAAAAAAACUUGAAAAAAGGUCAUAACUAGGCUUUUUAUGAGUAUGAUUGUUUCGAACUUCGCUUUGAACAAGAAAAAAAGAGAAUAUUUUUUUCUGCAUCUAGAAAAACGAGAAAUUGAUUGAUUAUUUGAUCUCUACAAUACGUUUCAAGUUCUCGAUAAAUAAUAACCAAUUUAUCGUUUAUUUUGUUAUUUUGGUUGAGACAGCUUUUUUUUGUAAAGAGAUUACUUGAUAAAAAACGAGCAUUACACGAAAAAAUAUGACUACGACUUUAAAUAAACACCUUUGGAUUAUUUAUAUUUCAAUCUUCAAUUUCUCUAUCUGAAUGCCUUUGAAAGUUCAAAAUAGAAAAUAAAAAAUUCUCUUCUCAGUCCCAUCGCCUGAAACACGACCAAUGGCCGCUUACCGACCGAUUUCUCGAGAAUCUUCCUUGAAUAUUGGCGAGAGGAACCAUUCUGCGUCCUCAGAGGGUUCUGACUCGGUUUUCGCCAGGAAUGAGAACGACUUGGCCCGACCGGAUAUGGUACGUUUCAUAGUCGUCUUAAACGAACAAUCAACCGAGCCAAACUAUUAAAAAGGUAAUGUUCACGAACCAAUAUUUCGAACGCAAAUUGAUCCUUUCCUAAAAAAUUAUUCAAGUAUUGAGCUUCAAAAAAAUCUUUUUUAAACCGACCUUCCAAAUAUUCAGCUUUAAAGGCAUAGGGGCAGUAAAAAACGGUGUUUCAGUUCAAAGCAGUACUUUGUAGAGUUUUUCAUUGCGAAUCGAACGGUAAACUUGAAAACGUACCGAACUUCAUAGUUUUGGAGAAAAAAUAAUUCAAAGUCGGUGAGAGAAAAGUUUGAGUUCCCGCAAAAAGGGCGCUUUGCAGUAAAGUUGCUCUAUGGACAGCAGGCUUCGCCAUCUCCCGGAUUUUCGCUUUUUUCUUCGUUUCUUUCAAUUUUCAAUUUUUCUGUUGUCACCAAAGUUCUUUUCGUCACAAAAGCUUUCUAUUCAUGUAUAGUUUGCAAACUUUGAUCGCAAAAAAGCGUUUUUCGUGAAAAAUGAUGAUUUUACACAGGUUUCCAUUGGGAGAGCGCAAUUUUGUGUUUUCUUUAUAAUGGUGUGUUUUUUGAUUGACUAAACGUUUUUUUCAGAAAAGAAACCCUUAAUUUGAAGCAGAAAUCCGGUUAUUUCUCACAAAAUGCGAGUCUAAUGAGACGUCCGCAACAUCGCGUGCACGGCUACUGUAAACAUUUGUCCGUAUCCCGAUCCAAAGCUUUUUUCAAAAAUAAAGGCGUGAAAGAAAAAUCGCGUUUUUCUUCUAAAGUUGUCACAUCUUUAAUUGUUUUGAGUACACCAUUCGAUUCGCAAAGAAAAACUAUAUAAGAUACUGCUUUCACCUGAAACCCCAUUUUUUACUGCCCCUAUGCCUUUAAACUUUUUUUUUAGAAAAAGGCGUUUCAAAAUUGAUCAACAACCCAAAAAUUCAGAAACCAAGCUUACGAAAAUUGAGAUUCGAAAUAGAAAAUUUUGAUACAGCUUUCAAAUAUCGAUUUUGAACUAAAACCUUCAUAAACCAACCUUUCAAAAAAUGAACUUCGAACUUAUUUUUCAAAAACCAAGCUUUAAAAUGUUAGGCUUUCCUCAUAACUCCAAACUAGGCUGUCAAGUAUUGAAGUUGAAAAAGAUGUUUUUUGUAAUGUAUUUUUAAAAUGUUGAGCUUUGGAAAAAUAUUUUUCACAAAACAAUCUUUCAAAUAUGAGGCUUUAAUUCGAAAUUUCUCAAAGUGAGCUCUACAAUGUUGCAAAAUGCUCAAAUAUUCGAGGAUAUUGAAAAAUAAAGAGCUUGGUUGAAAGUUCGACUAUGACGAAUUUAGUAGGUAAAAAAUGAGAAUUUCCUUCUCAGACUCGCCCAAGAGUCCCAAUUUCCCGAGCUUCGAGUUACAACGAAGAAAUUCCGCAUGCCGGAAGGUGCUCCCUGCAAUUGACGGUACAUUAUGCGACGGGUCUGCCGCCGGUUCGGGAUGAGAGGUCAGUCAGGAAUAGAAAUAAAGAAAUAUUGGAUCUGAGGGGGUAGAAAAAGGUUGAAACGCUCUAGAUGGGAAAUUCAGAAGUCUUGAAUAUUUUUGAUUUUUUUGGCCGUAAAAAAUCUAAUUUUUGAGAAAUAAGGGCUCGAAAUGCCACGAGGGCCUAUUUAAAAAGUUUUUAAGGUGAAUCUUCUCAAAAACUAGAAAGUUGUGCAGGUUGAGACCUUCAGAAUCUUUUUUCAAUACAUCCAAAAAGAAUCUGGCCAGAAAUUGCUUUCUUUUCAAUAAGAUAUUAGGAGAGCUCAUCGCUUCAAGUUUUGUUGCGAUGAAGUCUCAAGAAAUUAUUUUUCUUAUCUCGAAAACCACUGAAAAACUUGCUUUCUGUGGAAUCUGCGCCUCGUGGAACGAAAACUGAAAUUGGCAUGGAUCCAAAAAAUGUUCAUGUUUUCUGAUACCGAUCUUUGGCAAUAACAACGCAGCAAAAAUCAUGAGAUUCAAUCGCAUAUAAUAUAAUAAGUAAUACCUUAGGGUAGUUUCUUCAGUGUCAAGUUUAGAGUUCCCGAAAGUUUGCUCAAGCCUUCUAUGAAGGUCUAGAUGAGGGCUCCUUAAAGUCACUUUCCAACAGCUUCUUUUUCAAUUUUUCCGAAAUCGAAGUUUAGUGGAGCAAUCGUGAGCCCAAGCGCUUUCGUCUCGGUCCGGGGACGAGAAGGCGAACUUCGGUCGGAAGUUUGCGAAGCGACGCGACAGCCCAACUGGGAAUGGACCGCCAAAUUCGCGAUGAGUGCCGAAAGACGCAAUUUGGUCGUUAAAAUCAUGCAUCGAGGCCAUAAUGAAGACAAGGUAAAGAAAAAAACAUGAAAAACAGAUUCAGUAGGUAAAUGCGAAAAUAAAUGUUUUGCAGAAAAACUGGUGAGGCUUAAAGCAUCCUGAGACUCUCAAAAAAUCUUCUUUUUUUUUCGUUUAAUGCCUUUUAGUCAAACUAUGGUGGGCAUAUGCUAAAGAAAAAGUGUCAGAAUUGAAAAUUUUCUGAAGAUUCGUAAAGUUAUCUUUUUUCUAGAUGAUUAUCCUGUUUUUAAGGGUUUCAUUAGUAGUUUUCAGUCUCGUAGUUCCAAUCAGCCCUGAACACCUCUCAGAAAAUUAUCAUUUCCAAAACUAGAAGCUUUUUUGCACAUCCAGUCCUUACCAUUUUUUUUUUGGAGUUCAAGAAAUUUAUGAAUUUUCAAGUCUCAGCAACUUCCCGAAACCUUUUUUGCAAACCUGGCCUCGUCACAUAAAUAUUAUUUUUCGCAAGUACAGUUUCAGAUCAGAAAUACUUCAAUUAAAAGGUACAUUUUUCUAGUUUUUAGCCUCUCGGAUUCGUGACAAUCAGCCUUCCCGUCAACGACAUUUUCAUGUCAACUUUUGAGAUUACCGACGUUUCUCAAAUGUCUUCGUAUACUGUAGAAGUGCCUAUGAUUACGGUACUUGUAGAUAUGAGAUUAUAAAUUGAUCAUUGAUGAGUUUAGAUAUCAGUUGAAAACGUCCGAGAAGCUAUCCCUCGAGAAAUUCUGCGGGCUCCUGUAAGUCGGCCUUUGUCGGCUAGAUCAACGGGAACUCAGUCUACGCUUCCUGAAAGUCCCAAGAUUUGGGAAAGCAGCGAGGAGAUCAAGAGGAGAAUGCUGUAGGGUUUUGGGGAUCUUAGUAAAAAGGAAAUUUGAAAAGGAAGGUUAAAAUAUUCCAGCUUUGAAAAGUUUUUGUAAGUUUCCUGAGAUGAACACUGAAACAUCUUGAAUCCCAAAAAAACCUUUUCCUUUUUUGUAAAGAAGCCAAAUUUUUUUUUCAAGCUGUAGGAGCUGAGCUUCUUGAAGUUCGCGCAAGCAACUAAGAUUUUCUCCGACUUUUAAAAGACCACCGAAAUUUUCUUUUUUCCUUAAAAACACUGUAGGAGCAAGUUUCAGAUAGAGACACAUUCCUAAAUAUGAAGAAAUGAACGGAUUUUUAAAAAAUUUCCCAGAUUUGAGAGCUUCCAAAGAUCCUCUCUGAAAAAGAAGAAACUUGAAUCAUUUCAAAAAACGUCAUUUUUCCAGAAAAUCUGUGGCCGAACUGGACAACAAACUACGCGAAAUCAGGCCUUGA